AUCAUUUUUGAGAGUAAUACACACUAGAGAGUUCUCCCAAUCCUUUGUCUUUGUUCUUGUUCUUUGCUUUCAAGUGAGUUUGAGAGAAAGGCUGCCUAGCGCUCUAACGGAAUUGAGAGCUAGGGCCGCACGAUCGAGAGUAAGGUCGUGACAAGUGGUAUCAGAGCCUGGUUCGGCUUUGUGCUAGCAAAGUUGAACCUAGAGCCAGAAGGAAAGGAAGAACCUCACUAAAAAUGACUGGAUCAGAAGUCCACGACGAUGAGAAGCAUCGUGGAAGGGAUACCGUGAAGAAUCCCAAACCAAAGGGUGACAAGUCAAGCACUCGUGAUCCUAUGACGUCUCUAGAGAGGCGUGUCUCUAGAAUGGAGGUGAAGUUGGCGGAAGACAUCAGUGCCAUCGAGGAUUUGGGAGCAAACUUCACCCAAGUCGAAAGUGAUUUUCAAGGUAUGAAUGCUCGUUUGUCGAGCUUGGAGAUUGGUAAUGAUGGCUUACGAGAAGAGCUUGUGGCCCUCAUCAACAACACCAUCACCACAUCCUUAAACAACGCCAUUGGAGUUGUGAAAGAGCAAGUCCAGGCUGAGCUGGUCCAGGAGGAGAUUGCAGAUCUCAAGAGUGAGGUCACUCUCGUGAAGAGAGCCAUGGCUAGCGGACCAGCCACGGUGCAAUCCGUCCCACGUGCUGAUAUUCCAAGACCGAAGAGCUUCGGAGGUUCACGGAAUGCGAGGGAGUUAGAGAACUUCCUUUGGAGUCUUGAGCAGUACUUCAAGGCGUCCGGCAUCCAAGAGGAUGAGGUAAAGAUUCGUACCGCUCCACUUUACUUGGUUGAUGUUGCCAUGGUGUGGUGGAGGCGACGUGAAGCGGACGUCGAAAGAGGUACUUGUGUGAUGGUAACGUGGGAAGAUUUCAAGAGAGAAAUCAAGCGGCAGUUCUACCCAGAGAACGUGGAGUUUGAAGCCCGUUCAAAGUUGAGAAGACUCACCCAGAGGGGUGGAGUUCGAGAAUACGUGAAAGAAUUCUCGGAGCUGCUUCUAGAGAUCCAGGACAUCACGGACAAGGAGGCCAUGCACGGCUUUCUUGAUGGGCUGCAACCAUGGGCCAAGAUGGAGAUGCAACGUCGAGGAGUGCAAGACCUUGCAACUGCCAUGGCCACGGCAGAGUCUUUUGUCGAGUACAAACGACAAGAGAGCAGCGGCAAAGAGAAGAGUUCGAAGCCCAACAAGGGUGGAGAACAGCAGAAGCCUUUCAAGGAGGGUUCUCGCACUCAACAACACCAAGGUGGUUCGAGCAAAGGGGGUAAGUACGAGCCAAAACCCAUGACUUGUUUCCUUUGCGACGGACCACAUCGAGUGCGAGAUUGCCCAAGAAAGGCGAGAUUAGCAGCCAUGGAAGCUCAAGAUGAGGGGCCCAAGGCGGCGGAGGCCAAGAUUGGCUCAAUCCGCAAGCUUGGCGCGGCAAAGACCGACGUCAAGGAGAGCAAGCGGGAGAGGUGCUAUGUUCUGGCGCAAUUCAUGCAAGGCGAGUCAAAAGCCUUGGUGGAUACCGGUGCCACGGACAACUUUCUUCUCGUCGAGGAGGCAAACCGGCUGGGUAUUGCCUACGAGAAGGGGCAAGGGAGGCUCAAGACGAUCAAUUCGGAGUCCAUCCCGAUUCAUGGAGUGGCGCACAACGUACCAAUAAAGCUUGGCGAGUGGGAAGGCCUCAUCGACUUUUCCGUCGUCACCAUGGACGAUCACCCAGUCAUCCUCGGCAUCCACUUCCUCGACAAGGAGGGAGUGCUUUUGAAGCCCAACUCCAACACGAUGUGCUUGGAGAAAGAAGGGGAGUUCCAUUCGGUUCAUCUCUUGAGAGAAGAUGGUCCCCAUAGUGCUCUAUCGGCCAUGCAAGUGGUGAAGGGGUUCAAGAAGAAUGAACCAACCUUUCUUGUAUCCUUGAAGAUGGAGGAAGAAGGAGGCUCAACGGGAAUCACAACUCCCAUCAUCGAAGGUGUCCUCGAAGAUUUCGAUGAUGUGAUGCCAUCGGAGUUGCCCAAGAAGCUACCACCAAGAAGGGAGGUGGACCACAAGAUCGAGUUGGAGCCAGGAGCGAAGCCCCCUUCGCGAGCACCAUACCGCAUGUCGCCACCGGAGUUAGAAGAAUUGCGGAGGCAGCUCAAGGACUUGGUGGACGCAGGCUACAUGCGGCCAUCGAAGUCACCUUUUGGAGCACCGGUGCUGUUCCAAAAGAAGAAGGAAGGGUCGUUGCGGAUGUGCAUCGACUAUAGAGCCAUCAACAAGUUGACGGUGAAGAACAAGUGGCCGAUUCCCAACAUUGCCGACUUGUUCGACCAGCUUGGAGAUGCAAUGUGGUUCACCAAGCUAGAUCUUCGCUCGGGCUACUAUCAAGUGCGGAUAGCAGAGGGCGACGAGCCAAAGACGGCUUGUGUGACGAGGUAUGGCUCUUACGAGUUUCUUGUGAUGCCAUUCGGUCUCACCAAUGCACCAGCCACGUUUUUCACUUUGAUGAAUCAAGUGUUUGAGCCAUUCUUGGACUGGUUUGUCGUGGUCUACUUGGAUGACAUCGUCGUGUAUAGCAAAACACUCGAUGAGCAUGCCGAGCAUCUACGCCAAGUCUUCCAAGUCCUUCGCGACAACGAAUUGUACGUCAAGAGGGAGAAGUGCACAUUUGCCGCCACAGAGGUUCCAUUCUUGGGGCACGUCAUUGGUGGAGGCAAGUUGAAGAUGGAUGGAGCGAAGGUGCAGGCAAUCCAAGAAUGGGAGCCACCGACGAAGGUGCCAGAGUUGCGGUCAUUCCUCGGCCUUGCCAACUACUAUCGGAGGUUUAUCAAGGGCUACUCCAACAUUGCAGCACCCUUGACGGAUCUCUUGAAGAAGAACAAGGCGUGGGAUUGGUCGGAAAGGUGCCAAGAAGCGUUCGAGGCCUUGAAAGCAGCGGUGAUGAAGGAGCCCGUGCUCGUGCUCCCCAACCCGACGUUGGCCUACGAAGUGCAGACCGAUGCAUCCGACUUUGCAAUUGGGGGCGUGUUGAUGCAAGAAGGGCAUCCCAUUGCCUUCGAGAGUCGGAAGCUCAGCGAGACGGAAAGGCGAUACACCGUUCAAGAGAAGGAGAUGACGGCCGUGGUGCAUUACUUGCGCACAUGGAGGCACUACUUGUUGGGGUCAAAGUUCAUUGUGAAGACGGACAACGUGGCAACGAGCUACUUUCUGACGCAGAAGAAGCUCACCCCUAAGCAAGCGAGGUGGCAAGACUUUUUGGCCGAGUUCGACUUCAUCAUGGAGUACAAUCCAAGCAAGGCGAAUUCCGUUGCCGAUGCUCUUAGCCGCAAGAGUGCAGCCGCAAGCAUCAGCCAGCCCACGUUUCCUUUGAAGGAGCGGAUCGUUGAAGGCAUUGGCCAUGACCCCUUCGCCAAAACCGUAGCGGAGUACAUUAAGCAAGGUAAAACUCGGCGGUUUUGGAUGAAGGAUGGGCUCAUCAUGACCAAGGGAGAGCGGGUGUUCGUGCCAAGAUGGGCCAACUUGAGGAAGGAGAUCAUGAAGGAGUGCCAUGAUUCCAAGUGGGCGGGCCAUCCCGGCAUCGAGAGAACGCAAGCGCUCAUCGAAGAAGCAUAUUUCUGGCCGCGUAUGAGAGACGACGUGGAGAUGUAUGUGAAGACUUGUCUUGUGUGCCAACAAGACAAGAUGGAGCAGAGAAGCCCGGCAGGAUUGCUAGAGCCCUUGCCCACGCCUCAACGACCAUGGGAGAGUGUGAGUAUGGACUUCAUCAUCGGACUUCCCAAAGUCGAUGGAUGCGGUUGCAUCAUGGUUGUGGUGGACAGAUUCUCGAAGUAUGGAGUGUUCGUUCCUGGGCCAAAAGACUUAACGACGGAGGAUGCGGCACGACUAUUCUUCAAGAGCGUGGUCAAGUAUUGGGGCAUUCCUAGCAGCAUCGUGAGCGACAGAGAUGGGCGCUUCACGGGCAGAUUUUGGCGAGAGUUGUUCAAGAUCAUGGGCUCAAACUUGAACUUCUCGACGGCAUUUCAUCCUCAAAGCGACGGACAGACGGAGCGGGUGAAUGCCUUGUUGGAAGUGUACUUGCGGCACUACGUGAGUGCAAACCAACGAGAUUGGGUGAAGUUGAUGGACACGGCGCAGUUUUCCUACAACUUACACCGCAGCGAGUCGACCAACACGAGUCCAUUUGAGUUGGCGACGGGGCAACAACCUUUGACACCUACGACGGUGACAACGGGGUAUAGAGGCAACAGUCCGGCGGCCUACAAGUUCGCUAAAGGCUGGCACGAGAAGAUGGAGAUGGCCAAGUUUUACUUAGCCCGCGCUAGCAGGAAGAUGAAGAAAUGGGCGGACAAGAAGCGGCGGCACUUGGAGUUUGAAGAGGGAGACAUGGUGAUGGUCAAGUUCUACCCUCAUCGCUUCAAGCAUCUCAAGAACGUGCACAAGGGACUGCUUCGCCGCUAUGAAGGGCCAUUCCCCAUCGUGAAGAGGAUUGGCAAUGUGGUAUACAAGGUAGAGCUGCCGACGCACUUGGAGAUCCAUCCGGUCUUUCAUGUGAGCCAACUCAAACCUUACCACGAAGACAAGGAGGACGAGCAGCGAAGGGAGCCGCAGCGCGCACCUACACUCGUCACCAAGACACACGACCAUGAAGUCGACGAAAUCAUGGCGCGUCGUGUCAUUCCUCGUCGCGGCGUACAUCCAAGCUUUGUGGAGUACUUAGUCAAGUGGCGCAACAUUCCGGAGAGUGAAGCAACAUGGGAGAAAGAGCUCACGCUUUGGAAGAACAAGGACUUGAUAGAGGCAUUCCAUCAAGAGGACGCGACGAGGGCGUCGCGAGCAUAAGUGGGGGAGGAUGUCACAUGUGGCAGAUGACAUGGCGCCAACAAGGUGACAACAUGGCAGCAGCACAUGUGGCAUGUAUGGAAGACUAGUAGCAUAGAGAUGCUCCUAGGAUUCUCCACCAUAAUGUAGAGCUUUAUAGUGCACUUAUGAGUCACAUAAUGGUGACAUUGAUAGAGUGCAUAAUGGGGGGACUUAAUGGGGUGUAUUGAUGUAGUAGAGGGACUUUAUGAGGGGCAUUGAUGCCUUGUAUGUGGAGAGGCCUAUAUAAGGAGCAAUCUCCCUCAUUUGUACUCAUUCCAUCAUUUUUGAGAGUAAUACACACUAGAGAGUUCUCCCAAUCCUUUGUCUUUGUUCUUGUUCUUUGCUUUCAAGUGAGUUUGAGAGAAAGGCUGCCUAGCGCUCUAACGGAAUUGAGAGCUAGGGCCGCACGAUCGAGAGUAAGGUCGUGACAGAACUCCACGGUGUUGAUUUGAUUGUGUUCAAUAAAUUGUGUAAUUUGUC